AUGAAUCUUUCGUUUUCUUUAGUAUUAAUUUUAUUCAUUUACGUUCUAGGAAAACCAAAUGGGUGCGAAGCUGGGCUUUUGGACACAAUUGCCAAAACAGUUGGUACAUAUUAUAGAGUUUUUUACCCAGAAGUAACAACUCCAAGAAAAGAUUAUAGCCCAGAUUUUGAAUUACAAGACCAACUAGUUGUCCAAUCACAGGAGAUGAUGAAAAGCCUAGUUAAUAUUAAGAAUAACAUCACACAAAUAGAAGAUAAUUGGGCUGGAAUUAAAGAGUUUGCAGAACUUAGGCGCAAUCCAAAAAACAUCUUUGCAGAAAAUAGCUUGGGCAUAGUUGAUAAUUUAUCAGAGGUUAUUUCAAAAAUGUCUUUGUCAUCAGCAUUCAAAAAUAUGGAAGCACCUAUUGUAUUUUUGGAACCACCUUCAAUUGCAAUCAAACAAGAAGAACAAACUGGAACUCCAUGUAUGACAUGCGUCGGAAGGCUUAGUUUAUCUCAAUCAGAAUUUAAAAUAUUUAAGUCUGAAAUUAACAGAUUGAAAAGAGUUCGUGCUAAGACCUUACAAGAAGCAAAUCAAGAAUUACUAGAAGCUGAAGCUCUUGCAAAAGAAACACUGCAACAAAGAUCAAAAAUAGUUGAAAAUAUUCAAAAGUUAUCUAGUGUGAUCUCUUUGAACGACGGAGUUUACGGCGCAGACAAUGUUGAACUCAAAUUCCUACAGUCUGAUUUGGCAAUUGCAGAGCAAAAGCACGCAGCACUAUUAGAAAAGCAAAAAACUUUAGCAAAGAAAAUUCAAGAAUUGAGCUCAAAAAAGAAGAGCUUCUGGAGAAAGUAA